AUAGAGAAGAAAAGAAAAGAAAAGAGAGGAAAGGGUCUCUUUUCUCCUUUUGUCCUUUGUCUUCUUCUUCUUCUUCUUCUUCCUCUCCCCGUUAUCUUCGGCGAAUCAUCAUGAAUCUAGGGUUUUGUUUUCUCUCAUAACCCUAGAUUUUUUUUGUUCCUUUCUCUUCCAUCGAAUCUUUGAUUGAUCAAUCCCCCUACUAUCUCAUUUUCUUUCUUCUCCGUUCAGCUCAUCCCAUCCGAUUCAAUCCCGAUUUCAAAUGGAGGGAGCGGCGGGAGAAACGGCGACGUCAGAGGGGCAUCUGACUUCAGCAGCAGCUUUUGUUGAAGGUGGGAUUCAAGAUGCUUGUGAUGACGCCUGUAGCAUUUGUCUUGAAUCCUUCUGUGAUAGCGAUCCUUCUACUUUGACUAGUUGCAAGCAUGAGUAUCAUCUUCAAUGCAUUCUUGAGUGGUGUCAAAGGAGUUCACAGUGUCCAAUGUGUUGGCAAUCACUUAGUCUCAAAGACCCCACAAGUCAGGAGUUGCUUGAGGGUGUUGUACAGGAGAGGAAUUUCCGCUUCACUCCAUCUAGAAAUGCCACCAUAUUUCGUCAUCCAGCUCUUGGUGAUUUUGAAUUACAACAUCUCCCAGUUGGGGUGGAUAAUGCCGAGAUUGAAGAGCGAAUCAUUCAGCACUUGGCCGCUGCUGCUGCUAUGGGAAGAGCGAGACAUGGGGUAAGAAGGGAAGGCCACAGAAGCAGGUCUUCAAGUCAAAGCCAUCCACAGUUCAUGGUGUUUUCUUCGCAUCCUAAUGCUUCUUCCCCUGCACCUCAUCCCCCCAUGCCUUCUUCUCCUUCUCAGAGAGAUGAGGAUGACACAGUCACAAACCUUCCGUUAUCUCCUCACAGUGGUUUAGGGGAGGGUUCAAAUCAGCCACAAACAUCUUCUCAUCCCCGCCAGGUUUCUCCCUCGGCAUCUGAUUCAAACAGCAGGUCUGCUAAUCAAUCUUCCCCAAGUGAUCAAGAUAGAGCUGGACCAUCAGAACUCCAAUCAUUUUCGGAAUCGCUAAAGUCUCGAUUAAACGCUGUGUCAACGAGAUACAAAGAAUCGAUAUCAAAGAACACAAGGAGCUGGAAAGAUAGAUUUUUUUCUCGCAACACGUCCAUGGCAGAUAUUGGCUCUGAGGUUAAACGAGAGGUCAGUGCCGGGAUCGCCACUGUGUCCCGCAUGAUGGAACGUCUAGAAACGAGAGAAAACAGUAGGCCCAGCUCUGCAUCUGUAUCAGAUGUCUCAGAAAAUCACACUCCUGAAUCAAACAAUGAGCAUAAUAGAUCAGAAGCGGGUGGUGAACAUUCUAUGAAUGAAAGAGGUGUUAAAGAUACAUGUGCGACUGGUUCUGGUUCAAGCUAAAUAAGCAAGUGCCAGCAUCUUGUUGGCAAAGAGACAGGGAGAUGAUGGCCAUUGUGAAAUUCUGAUAAUAUAUAUAUAUACAGGAGUCAGAUGUUUCAAAAGCGUGGGAGAAGCAUAGGAAGAAGGUUUGUUGAUAACGUAAAAAAGAGUUUUCUAUUUCUCAAAAUAAAGAAAGGUUGUUUUAUGACCAAAAGGAUGCCUUGAGACGCCUUCUUCUGUGUUAUGUAUGUUUAAGCAAAACCCAACAAAAACUAAAAAGAGAAAAAGAAGAGUAAAGACUUAUGAUGUAUUCACUAUCAGGGUUGGUUAUUUGGUUUGUCUGUUGUAAAUUCACAUUGUGGUUCACAUUACGGAUUUCUUAUCAAUAUUACUUAUGUAUCGCCAAAAUUUUGGCCAAGCAAACCCACCAA